AUGACAACGCCGCCGUCUUCACCGUACUCAUUAACGGAUAUAGUUCAUGAUGUGCCGUUGACCAAUGAGGACAUCGCGCCGGAGCCUGCCCAGAUAUCGGCGAUUGAGACGUACGAUCUCAAUUUGUAUGUUGGGACGAGUCUCGGAGAACUGAUCCAUAUGUUUUGGAUCGACGACGAGACAGGAUACAUGGCGGUCUCAAGACAGCAAUUCAGCAGUAAGAACAAGCCAAUAGAUAAAAUUCUGCUUCUUCCACAGGUAGCGAAGGUGCUCGUACUGAGUGGAGGAACCAUUCAGGCAUAUAUUCUUCCGGAGCUGUCCCCAGCCAACAUAGGAAAAAUCAAGGAUGUCAAUGACGUGUGCAUAGAUCUGGAUGAUAGGAGACUGGACGCCAAAGAGGAAAAUUACAUUGGAAGCGUGAACAAUAUAGAUUGGCACGUUUAUACUGACGUUACGGUUUUUACCAGCAAGAGCGUCCGAUUAAUUCGCAUAUUCGACGACAGCAUCAAGCUUGCUAGGGAUCUCAAUUACCCAGGCACUCUGCGUGGUGUCAGGCGAUCGAAGUAUGUUGCCGUGGGCUCACAGACGAGCUACGAUUUGAUUGAUUUGGUUCAAGGACAGAAAAUUCCACUUUUUCCUUCCCAAGAGUCCUGCCCGCUGAUACUGGCUCUUGGAACGAAUGAGUUCCUGAUGGCCUGCGGGUCGUCUGACGGUCCUUGUAUGGGAAUGGUGGUCAAUAUCUCCGGGGAGAUCUCCAGAGGCACUUUUACCUGGCCAGAGUACCCCAGCUCUCUGGAGGUUGAUUAUCCGUACCUGAUUGGUGCCUUUGGCAAGUCGCUCAAGAUUUACUCGCUUCACGAUCAACGACUUGUGCAGACGCUAGACUUUGAAUCUGAAGUGGAGGUCACAAAGGUUAGUCAUCUGUUCAAGUCCGAUGACGAUGGCCUCAAGUCGCUACUGGAACGGACACCAGUAAUAUAUCAAUCCACAGCAGAAGAGGUGCAAAAAAUUGCAGAGGAAUCCGAUCAGCAUUACGGCACCAUGUCGAGCAUUUUGGUGUACGAUAGAGACGGGAAAAGUAUCCGAUUAAUCAAGCUUCAAGCCAAGGCUUUGCGAUUAUUGCAGGUAUACCAGUCUGCCAGCACGGACAAUUGUUUGGAGAUAUUCGACGAGAUAUUCGACGAGUACAGAAACCCAGACGUUUGCAACGAGGUCGAGAAACUGUUUAUUCUCCAUCUGUUGGCUCUUCUGGGCCUCAAAUAUGAGAUCUUCGACCAGUGCUACGAUAUAUGGGCCAGCAACGUCGACAAACUCGACCCACGCCUGCUGCUGUACGCGCUGGGUAUCCCGAAAAGCGAGAUCUUUGGCUCGGUUUGGAUUUUUAGGGGACUGGCUGACGAACUGGAGGACAUUAGGAACAAAUACAGCACCAGCGCUCGAGCCAAGGAAUUUCUUCAAUUGUAUUUGUCCACUUGUAUAUUAGAGGCAAAAGAUGGCGAUCUUUUGAAAACCAUAGAGCUCAACUUGGCCAGACAGAAUUUGGAGUCGCCUGAAUUUCUGGCACAGCUGAAUAACGUCAAGUACAGCAAGAACGAAAUUAUUGAGAUGCUGCUUGAGACAAAAAACUACUACUAUCUUGCAAAAUUUUAUGAGAAGCUUGAGGACAAAAGCCAGACGCUCUAUUACUGGAGAAAGCUACUGGAGGGGGAACUUGCAGACCCCAAAUUCCAGGAAAAAGACCCUUUGAAAUAUAUGGUUCAAUAUCUGCUCACUUGCGACGAGCCCUUGAUUGAAACGCAUGGCAAGUGGCUGCUCGAAAAAUACCCUGAAUACGGGCUUCAGCUGUUUAUGCAUCCUGAGCUGAAAGAUCAUAGUUUCAAGGACGUCAAGAUAUUGCAAAUGUUGUCGAAACAGCACAGAAGAGCGUAUUUGCAUUAUAUGGUGACGGUCAAGGGAGAAAAACAAUUCACGGGAGACUUGAUUCUGUCACUGCUCAGAGAGCUUAUACAAAUGGACGGUAUGCAACAGACUCUGGAAAAAUACACAUCACUACCACUUCCAAAGCUCCAGUUCUACGAGUUCUUAGAGCUGGAGUCGGCAAGGGAGCACUCUCAAACUAUAAAAAUGCACGAUCAAAUAUAUCGCUAUUUGCUGCAAAUAAGCAAAGACACCAUGUCGAUACUGGAUCGCAAGAACGUGGCUGAGCAGUGCCUCGAACUAAUCGGAGCAUACGAAGGACUUUAUCUCCUUUUGGAGGCAGCCAUAUACUACAAACAGGCACAGCAUGAAAAAGUGGUGGCCGUUUUUCUUAACUUGGAGGAUUACGAAGCAUGCGAGAAUUUUGCUCGCACAUUAAAACUCCCAGCAGACUCACAAUCAGACGGCAGCAAGAGUCCGCCAUCUACGUCGUCGACUAUCUCAAGAACCGAGUCUUUGCAAAUGCUGAUAUUCGAGAAAUAUUUGCAGCUGGAGCGUCCGGAGUUGAUAGAGCGAUUUCUGAACAACAACAACGUUUUUCAGGAUGUUGACGACGAGGCCAACAUUGCUGCGAAAAUGGACAAGUUUGUCAGUUUGCUCAACAGGAUCCCAGAUACUUUCCCUAUGUGUCGAUUGGACUCGUUUUUGGUAAGCAAUCUGAUCAGCUUCCAGGACCAAGUGGACGAGACGACACUCUGCAAAAACCUGACCCGCGCAUUAUAUACGAACCUUAAGGGAUUGAAGGAUUAG